AUGAGUCAGUAUUUAUCCAACAACAACAGCGAUACCAGAGAUGAAAGUAUUCAGGCAGCAAGAAAUGCCGAAGCAAACCUCUUGAGAACGGCGUUUAGCACACAGCUCGUCGAGCAAUCGUUGUUGCAACAAAACAUGAUUGCAAGACAGGCAAUGUCAGUUGGUGCUUUGUUUCCCUUUGGAUCAGUCGGUAACAAAUAUCAACCGCAAUCACAGCUAUACCCCCAACAGUAUGGUGGUGCUAUUAACACUAUGAUGUCACUUUCUCCAUCAUCUUUAUUGGAAAUUCGUGAUGGUGGAAUGAGCAAUCACAAAAGUGCUGCUGCCGUUGUCAAUCCUCCUCAUCAUCAGCAGCGCAAAGCGACUCGUGUCAAUAACAAAACUACCAGCACAUCAUCGAACCAUCAUCCUCGACGAACCAUUCAAGCAAAACCCACAGACAUUGUUUGCGGGCGUGGUUUUCACAUUGUCAAUCACCGUGGAAACCUCAACUUUCACCUGAUUGUCAACAAGUACCGAAAAGCCUACCUUGAAUCGAAACGAGCCCAAAAGACCAAGAUCAUCAAACGUGUCCUCGAAAAAGUCCAAAAAUCAGGUGCCAGAUUCAUUCGAUCCUUUUCGGAUGAAUCCACAAACUGCGGUUUGGAUACCUGGGAAGAAGUCGAUUAUGCCACGGCCUACAAGAAAGUAAGUCAUGCCCUGAGGCUCAGAACCAAGAAUGAGACCAAUCGCGGCUUCUCGGCAGUGGAACCCAGCAUGGGCGAGGCAGACGCCUUUCAUUGUCAUGGUCAAAAUGCUGGUGAUGGUGCUGCUUCUGCUUCUACUGCUGGUGUGAAAGCAUUGCCAACAACAACAACAACAAGUAGCAUUGGUACGGCUGCUACUGCUCCUGCUCCAAAUUGCCAAGUGUGCGUCUAA